CUCGGUCCAAAAAAAGAAGUAGUGUAAUUAGAAAAACGAAAAAUUGAAAAUGAAAACCCAGAUUAAUAAGUGAAAGGCAAACAGAGUACAGACAAACAAAGCAUAUGGAGGAGAGGCAAAGUGGCAAACAUUUGUGUUCCGGUCGCCACCGAUAGAUCCCUGAAUAUCGGCUUCUGGAGCUCCCUCAAUUUGCCACGUGCCACAAUCACCAUCGGCACGACUUGCCAACCCGAGUACCUCCUGCUUCGGAGGCGAGGUUCGACCCCCGUCAGCCGCAGACGAUGGGUUAGUCCACCGCCGUUUCGAUGAAAAUGCUGUCUGGUGUAUUGCGCCACCUGCAUAUUUUAGAGCACGACGAUUCUAAACCCCAAUCACCAUGUCAAGAUUUAUGGUCAGUGGAAAUGUUAGGAGGGUAGCAAAAUCCCUUCUUGUAAAUCGAAAUACUAGCUCCUUAGAAGUGAAUAAAUACAGGGCAUAUGAUACAGUUAGAACCCUUCCCCCCCUAUGCAGAUUAUUUUCCUGCUGUAGACUUUCUUUUAGAGGACAAUCUCCAUAUAUGUUGUACAAAGUUAAGCACAAAUUAUCAAAGAAUAGUAAUUUCCAGAACUUCUAUGGGAUUUCAACAAACAGUACAAUUUCUCACUGUGCCCAAAUUUCAUGGAAGAGGCUUUCUCAAUUAUGCACCUACCAUGGCCCAGCUUUAGCACCAAUAAACCAGAUUGCAUGUGCCGUGAGCUUGGCUUUGACACGUUCAAAUCUAGUAGCUCCCAGUGUCAUUGCCUUCAUUAUUGGAGAGUUUGCUUGGAUGCGAAGAACAUGGACAGAAGCAGAACACCUCCCAUCAAAAGAUACUCUUUAUCUCCAUGCACAAGAUGGACGUGUAUAUUUAACCUCCUUUUUGCUUUCACUUCUGGAGUGUUUUAUAUUGUUUCUCCGAGUUAUAUAUCUAGCAUUUUUGUUCUCACCCUCCAUAUUGAUGGCACCUUUUGUGGAAUCCCUUGGAAGUCGAUAUAGGAAAACAUGGCUUCAUGUUGUCCAUUGUACACUGGAAAAAGCUGGCCCAGCAUUCAUUAAAUGGGGUCAAUGGGCUGCAACUAGACCAGAUCUCUUCCCAAAAGAUUUGUGCACUGAAUUAGCAAAACUUCAGACAAAAGCACCAGCACAUAGUUUUUCAUUUACCAAAAAAAGUAUUGAAAAGGCAUUUGGUCGCAAGUUGCCUGAAAUUUUUGAAAGAUUUGAUGAGGAACCUGUAGCAUCAGGAAGUGUUGCUCAAGUUUAUAAAGCUACAUUGAAAUACAGAUAUCCUGGUCAACAGAUCAAGCCCAUCGUAGUUGCUGUAAAGGUUAGACACCCAGGUGUUGGUGAAGCAAUUAGAAGGGAUUUUACAAUAAUCAAUUUUUUGGCCAAAAUUUCGAGGUUCAUCCCUGCUGUGAAAUGGUUGAGAUUGGAUGAAAGCAUACGCCAAUUUGCUGUAUUUAUGAUGUCUCAAGUUGAUCUUUCAAGGGAAGCUGCCCAUUUAAGUCGUUUCAUAUAUAAUUUUAGAAGAUGGAAGGAUGUCUCAUUUCCAAGGCCUCUGUAUCCUCUGGUGCACCCAUCUGUUCUAGUGGAAACUUAUGAACAGGGUGAAAAUGUUCUCUAUUAUGUCGAUGAGCUUGAAGGAAAUGAAGAUCUUAAAAGUGCCCUCGCUCACAUUGGUUCCCAUGCACUUUUAAAGAUGCUUUUGGUUGAUAAUUUUGUCCAUGCAGACAUGCAUCCUGGAAACAUUCUUGUUCGUGUAAAACGUAGCAAAUCAUCACAUGAACUACUCUUCAAAUCAAGGCCUCAUGUCGUUUUCCUUGAUGUAGGCAUGACAGCUGAGCUUUCAAAGAAAGACCGAUUAAAUUUGCUAGAAUUCUUUAAAGCUGUUGCCCUUCGAGAUGGGCGAACUGCAGCUGAGUGCACACUUAGGUUGUCUAGAAAGCAAAACUGUCCAAAUCCUAGGGCAUUUGUCGAGGAAGUAGAAAAAAUUUUCAAAUUCUGGAACUCUUCAGAAGGUGAAUUUGUCCAUCCUGCAGACUGCAUGCACCAACUGCUUGAGCAGGUUAGGCGACAUGAAGUCAAUAUUGAUGGCAAUGUUUGCACCGUGAUGGUAACCACUUUGGUUCUUGAGGGAUGGCAGCGGAAGCUUGAUCCAGAAUGUGAUGUAAUGCAAACUCUGCAAGCAUUGCUAUUUAAAGCUGACUGGGCUGAAUCUCUCUUUUACACCAUUGAAGGGCUCAUAGCCCCAUAAAAGGCUCCAUCUGUUUCCUUAUCUCUCAAAAAGAAACCUUUUCAGUCAUGGGGGGUUGGCUGUUCAAUGGGAAAUAUAGUCAUGAGACGGAGGGUAACUCAGCUAUUUUCCUCUUGCAAUGCUAUUAGAGAAUUUUAUCAUUAAAUGUAGAAAAAAGAGUUUUUUUUUUUUGGUUUUGGGGGGGGGGGGGGGGGGGGGGGGGGGGGGGAGUAUAAAUUGAGAGGAGGAUUUUAGCACCAGCAUGAUCAAAUCCAAAAUUGGGGUUAUCAACUGAAGAUUUCCAUUUGUAUUGUCCCAAGGGACAUGGUUGGUGAAUCAAAUAAAGUGAAAGUUACAUUACUUAAUAGUAUAGUAAGAUUUUUUUAUUUUUUUA